AUGGUUGCAGAGGAGGGAAGGGGAACAAAUGGAAUUACUGAAGGUGGAGUUAGCGAAGACCGCCUUUUUCAAGCUCUCUACGGAAUGGAGGUCUUCCGACUUGGUGAGUACUACCUGAAGUCCGGUCAGAUGAGUCCUAUAUAUAUUGACCUCCGUCGUAUCAUCAGCCAUCCCAAGACGCUGCGCUUGGCGGCUCGAGCUCUUUGCGACAUGGUUCAAGUCAAAGGAUUACACUUUGAUUACAUUGUUGGAGUGCCGUAUGCUGCGCUACCCUUAGCAACGCAUGUGAGUGAAAUCCUUGAUAUACCAAUGCUUAUGAAACGUAAGGAAGUCAAACCAUACGGGACAAGCAAACUAAUUGAGGGGGUAUACCAUGCUGGCGGCACUGCUCUUAUCGUGGAAGACGUAGUCACCAGCGGAGAGUCAAUCCGUGAGACGGCUGAAGCACUUAGAAGUGAAGGACUGAAGGUAACCGACGCUGUAGCUAUACUGGAUAGACAACAAGGUGCCACUGAAGAAUUGGCGAAAACAGCUAUCAACUUCUACAGCACUUUGACAAUGGAAAAAAUCCUCGACGGAAUGAUAGCAAAGAAGCGAAUUACUGUAGAGAAGAAGAACGAGAUAAUUGAACAUUUAGCGGGAACAGUUAGUGUGCGUUUCAAAAGAACAAAGUACAACUCACCUACAACGAAACUAAGUCUUGCACCUCUACUUCAAGCUAAUAAGAAGACGUACAGGUUUGAUGGACCAAUAUGUUGA